AUGGAUUUAAACACUUCCGGUGACAUGAAUGAUGCAGCAAAAACUGUUGCUUGCGAGACUGAUGGUAGCAGCGAGAAGCGAAAAGCCAAAAAGAAACACAAGCAUAAGCGUAAGCAUUAUGAUUCCAGUUAUGACGAAGAAUACAAAAGGCAUCAUCAUAAAAAAAAGAAGGAUAAAAAGAUAAAGAAGCAUAAGAAAAACAAGAAAAGAAAGAAAGCAGAUGGUGAUAAAGAAUUUAGUGAUGUUGAACUUGAUGAAUUGGAAAAACGGAAGGAAGUACUGGAGAAAAAACUACAAAAAGAAAGUGAAAAAAAAAGCAAAGGUAAUUCAGACGAACAGACCGGUAAAAUAUCGGAAUCCGACUAUGAUAGUUCAUCUUCCCUCGGUGGAGCGGAAAGUAAGCAUGAUGAAAACAAACAGAUAUCUUCAAAAAUUGAUGCGCCGUCUGCUAGAAAUGGAACUGAGAAAAUAGAUGACGGUGCUGCGCCGGGGAAGUUGAUAAAAAAGGUUUCACCCAAAAAUGGAACCGAGAAACCGGAUGACAGAACCGCAGCUGAUGAAAAGUUGUCAAAAAAAGUAAGCCCAUCACCAGAAAGAGGGCGAAAGCGUGCACAUUCACGAGAACAUCUGAAACAUUCUGAACAAUAUGAGUUGGCAAAGAGAAGAAGGAGAGAAAUUGAAGAGAUCCUGAAGAAUGAUGGACAAAAUAAGACAGAUAAGGUAGAAACAGAGAAAAUGUUGGAAGAAAAGAUGAAUUUGAAGAGCGAGAAAAGGGGGGCACAAGAAAAGCAAGAUGAUAAGAAGAGAGAGUUGGAAGGAGUUAAAAGAAAACUUGUUGAGAAUAAUGCAAAUACCAGGAAAGCUGAUAAUGAAGAACAUCUCUUGUCGCCUGAGAGUAAGAAUGACCGUGAGAGGCGAAAAGAAAACGAAUUAAGUUCGAAGAAGCGAACUGAUGCUGAUCGGUCAACCGACGUUAGACGACGUAGUCGUUCUGUUGGCAAACGACGUGGAUAUAAUGAAAAAACAGAGGAACGGCGAUCAGAGUCACGAGAUCGCAGGUCUCGCCGUAGUAUUUCAAGAUUCAAAGAUGAUAGACGUAGAAGUAGCUCAAGAUCAGGUCGCUUGGGACGUGAUCGAGACCGUAAUCGCGACAGACGUUCCGACAGACGUUCCCGUUCAACGGGACGGCGUGUUCCACGUUCCAGAUCUAGAUCUAGAUCUAAGGAACGACUGCGAAGGGAUGGUUCGAGGUCUAGAGAUAGAGUUGGACGUGAAAGAAGCAGAUCACGCGAUCAUUUUCGUCGAAGCAGGUCUAGAGACCGCCCUCGUCGAAGCAGAUCUCGGGAUCGUUCUCGCCUUGAGCUGAAACGUCGUAGAGAGUCAUCUCGUGAGCGAGAAAGACAUGAACGAGCUAAAUCAAGAGAUCGACAUGGUGACAAAGGGAAAACUGAAUCUCGGCGAGAUUCUAAUGGUAAAAGUCAAAGUCGGCGCGACGAUGCUUUGAAGUCAGAAACUAAAGUUCAUGGGGACCAGAAAAGAGACUAUCAUCGUCGGGAAGGUAGUGUUAGUUCGAUUGAAUGGGAAGAUCCUGACGAAAAAGAAGAAAAAAAAAUUCAAGAGCUUCGAAAACGUCGUCAGCAAAUCAUAAAAAACAUUGAAAAGCAGAAUGAUGAAAAAGAGCGACCAAGGGCGAAAACUGACUUCGAUGAAGUAUCAGUGAAUGAAGAUAACUGCGAAGAAACAAAUUUCAAAGCAGACAAUAUUAAACAAGAGCAGAGUUUUGAGAGGUUUGGUGAUGAAGAAACAUCAAGUCAAUCAGCUGAUGAACAAUUAUUGCGAGAAGCUGAGCAGGAACUCCAGAAGAAGUAUGACAGUGAUUUAUCUUGCUGCAGUAGUCCGAUUUCACCCACUGGUGAGGAUACUCCGGCAGAUUUCUAUGGUGAUUUGAAAGAGAAAAUGGUUCAUAUCAAGGGCCAAGAAGAAUCUGCUGUUGAUCGUGUACUAAGAAAAGCAGUGGAAGAGGAAGCUGAAGAACUACGAAGACAGCGUGGAGAGGAUACCAAACGGGAAGUAGAGAAUAAAAUUGUCGAAGACUGUACUACUACUACAUUUGAUAUGUUUGCAACAGAUGCCGAACUUCCUCCUGAGGUAUUGAACAAAGCUGCAAUAAUAGUUUCUGGACAAGAACCAGCUAAUGCUUCGUUGAAGGAUAACUGGGAUGAUACCGAUGGUUAUUAUAGGAUUCGUAUUGGUGAGAUGCUUGAUAGUCGAUACCGCGUUUACGGUUAUACUGGUGCAGGAGUAUUCGGUAAUGUAGUGCGCGCUACGGAUGCAGCACGAAGUAAUACACAUGUGGCGGUGAAAAUUAUCCGCAAUAACGAAGUGAUGCGAAGAACGGGUAUGAAAGAAUUGGAUAUCUUAAAAAAAUUAAAUGAAGCAGAUCGAGAUGAUCGGUAUCACUGCCUUCAGCUUUAUCGGCACUUUUAUCACCAUCAGCAUCUCUGUUUGGUUUUCGAAUCUCUCAGUAUGAAUCUUCGCGAACUACUAAAGAAGUAUGGGAAUAGCGUUGGUUUACACAUGAAAGCUGUACGCAGUUAUACUCAGCAACUUUUGAUGGCUCUUAGGUUACUCAAAAAAUGCAAUAUUCUUCAUGCAGAUAUCAAACCGGAUAACAUUCUUGUAAAUGACACUAAGAUGACUUUAAAAUUAUGCGAUUUUGGUUCUGGAUGUCAUGUUGCUGAUGCUGAAGUAGCUCCAUAUCUUGUAUCUCGUUUUUACCGCGCGCCGGAAAUAAUGCUCGGAUUACCAUAUGAUUUUGGCAUCGAUUUAUGGUCGGUAGCUGUCACACUUUAUGAAGUGUAUACAGGCAAAAUUAUGUUCGCUGGGAAAUCAAACAAUCAGAUGUUGAAAUUUAUGAUGGAUUUAAAAGGGAAAUUCCCAAACAAAAUGGUACGAAAGGCACAAUUUAAAGAUCAACAUUUUGAUCAGAAUUGCAACUUCUUAUAUCAUGAGAUCGACAAAGUGACGCAACGAGAUAAAAUAACUACGUUGUCUGUCGUGAAGAUCACUCGAAAUUUAGAAAGCGAGUUAUUGGGUGACCAGGAACUUGACAAGGAAGGCAUGCGGAAACUUGAACAGUUCCGUUCUUUGUUGGAUGCUAUGGUUACACUGGAUAAUUCAAAGCGCAUAACGUGUGGUGAAGCACUUAAACAUCCAUUUGUUGUGGAGAAAUGA